UGCAAUUAUCAGUAUAUGUUUGGUAUCUCUGUGGCGGUGGUGGUCGCCGUGGUGGUGGGAAUGAAUCACACCUCGAGCAAGAGCAAUGGUAACGGCGAUGGCAGGGCUGAAACUUUUCCAGCAGUGACGAGUUCUAAGAAGGAGCUACACGCACUUUGCCAACCCGUGGAUUAUAAAAAGACAUGCGAGCAGAGCCUUUCCCAGUCGAACUCCACCGACACCAAGGAGCUGAUAAGAGCCAGUUUUCAGGCGGCGGUGACGGAGAUAAAGGCGGUGUUGUCGAAAUCGGCGACUAUCCAUGAGUUGCAGACGGAUGAAGGGACAAAGGAUGCCUUUAAGGUUUGCCAGGAGGUGAUGGGUUACGCCAUCGACGACCUCGAGAAUUCGUUCAAGACGCUCGGUGAAUACGACAUGACCAAGAUCGAUGAUUACCUCAUGAACCUCAAGGUGUGGUUGAGCGGCGCUGUCACAAGUCAACAAACAUGCAUAGACUCGUACGAAGAGAAGAACGGCACGGCAGCGGACAAGAUGAGGAGUCUCAUGAAUAAAUCACAGGAGCUAACCAGCAACUCCCUCCACAUAGUGUCUGGGAUAUCGUCCAUCCUCAAGGAUCUCAAAAUCCCAGGAAUCAACAAUCUCGACACCACUGGACUCGAACCCCGCGAUCGAAAGCUCUCGUGGUCGUGGUUCACUGACAUCUUCAAAAGACCCAAUGAUGAAGAAAUCCCAUUUGCUAAACGAAAGCUCUUCUCGAGCGACGAUGAUGAUUUCGCACAAUGGGGUGGAAUGGAAUCCCGCCAUCGAAAGCUCUCGUGGUCGUGGUUCACUGACAUCUUCAAAAGACCCAAUGAUGAAGAAAUCCCAUUUGCUAAACGAAAGCUCUUCUCGAGCGACGAUGAUGAUUUCGCACAAUGGGGUGGAAUGGAAUCCCGCCAUCGAAAGCUCUCGUGGUCGUGGUUCACAGACAUCUUCAAAAGACCCGAUGAUGAAGAAAUCCCAUUUGCUAAACGAAAGCUCUUCUCGAGCGACGAUGAUGAUUUAGCACAACGGGGUGGAAUGGAAUCCCGCCAUCGAAAGCUCUCGUGGAUUGAGGAGCUCUUUAAAAGAACUGACGACGAAAAAAUUCCAUUUAGCAAACGAAAGCUAUUCUCGAGCGACGACGAUUUCCCACAGUGGGGUGGGAUGGAACCCCGCGACCGAAAGCUCUGGUGGUUCGUUGACAUCUUCAAAAAACCCGAAGAUGAAAUCCCAGUUGGUUUGGCUAAAUUCAACAAUCGAAAGCUCUCCUCGAGCGACGACGAUUUCCCAACGUGGAUGAACUCCGGCGACCGAAGGCUCCUCCAGGAGGCAGACAUUAAGCCCAAUGUCGUUGUUGCUAAAUAUGGUAGUGGCAAAUACGAUAGCAUUAACAAGGCCUUGGCUGAAGUUCCAAAGAAUAAUCCCACACGAUUUGUUAUUUACAUCAAGGCGGGCAUUUACAAGGAGAAGGUCAAUAUUACCAUGGGCAUGGCCAAUGUUAUGCUUAUCGGAGAUGGUCCAACCAAGACCGUAAUCACCGGUGACUUGAGCAGUGAAGUUCAUAAGCUUACCACAUUCCACACUCCUACCGUCGCUGUUAAUGGGAAGCAUUUCAUAGCCAAGAACAUCGGAUUCGAUAACACCGCCGGUGUAGCAGGUCAACAAGCUGUCGCCUUGAGAUCAUCCGGUGACAUGGCCGCGUACUACAACUGCCACUUCAACGGCUACCAAAAUACUCUUUUCGCCCACAAGGAGAGGCAAUAUUACCGUGACUGCACCAUCAGCGGCACGGUGGACAUUAUCUUCGGCGACGGGAGGAGUUUGUUCCAGAACUGCCAGAUUAUCGUGAGAAAGCCGGCUCCCAACCAGAGUUGCAUCAUCACAGGACAUACGAGAAAUGACAAGAAAACUCUUAGCGCCAUCGUGCUUCAAAACUGUACAAUAUCCGGUGACAAGGACUAUCUCCCGGUUAAGGACAAGAACAAGGCGUACCUCGCCCGACCCUUGAAGCCAUAUGCCAUAACCAUCAUAAUGCAGUCUCAAAUCGACGACAUCAUCACCCCCGAAGGGUACACACCGAUGAACGGUACCGUGGGACUCGAUACCUCAUUUUAUGCCGAGAUUGACAACAGGGGAACCGGUGCUAAAACUGAGGGUAGGGUCAAAUGGGGUGGAAUCAAGCACCUUGAUUUGAAAGCCGCCAAGAAAUACACCCCUCGUAUCUUCCUUGAAUCCGAAACCUGGAUUCCAUUAACUGGGAUUCCUUGCAAUCCCGACUUGAUCCAAGGGAUGUAUACUAGAAAUUAAAGAAAGAAAACCCUAAGGCCAUUGU